AUGGCUUACAAGGGGGACAAGAACUGCACAGCUAUCUGGGAAGCCUUUAAAGUGGUUCUGGACAAGGAUCCCUGUUCUGUAUUUCCCUCGGACUAUGACCAUUUUAUUAGCCUCUCCAGACACUCCAUUCCCAGGGACAAGUCCCUGUUCUGGGAAAACAACCACCUCCUUGUCACUAGCUAUGCGGAGAAUGCCCGUCGCUUUAUGCCUCUGUGUGAUGUUCUGUAUGGCAGGAUUGGAGAUUUUCUGAGCUGGUGUCGACAGGAAAAUGCCUCCGGGCUCGAUUAUCAGUCCUGCCCUACGUCAGAAGAUUGUGAGAACAACCCUGUGGAUUCUUACUGGAAAAUGGCAUCUAUGCAGUAUUCGAGGGAUAGCACUGGGGUGAUCCACGUCAUGCUGAACGGUUCAGAGCCCAAAGGAGCCUAUCCUGUUAAAGGUUUUUUUGCAGAUUUUGAAAUUCCCUACCUCCAGAAGGAUAAAAUCACACGAAUUGAGAUCUGGGUUAUGCAUGAAAUCGGGAGACCAAAGGUGGAAUCCUGUGGAGAAGGCAGUGUGAAAAUCCUGGAAGAGAGACUGGAGAAAAUGGGCUUUCAGUACCGCUGUAUUAAUGAUCACCUACCAGUGAAGCUCUUAAUGUGCGUGGACCACAGCACUCAUCCUGACUGUGCCUUAAACUCAGCAGUAACCUCCACUCGAAGAGAAGCCCCACCCCUCUGUGCAGAACAUGGUGCCAGCCUCUUCAUUCCUUUCUUAGUGGUUCUGGCUUCAGUUAUUCAACUGUGA